AUGUUGGCUGAUAAGACUGUCACUGAGACUGUCACUGAGACUGUCACUGAUAGCACUCUGAGUAUCUCUCAUCAUCAUCGAUCACUUCAACUUCAACAAUCACAAUUCAUCAAAAUGACCGAACACCAAUCCAAACCAUUAUCAUCAAGAGAAGAUGUAUUAUCAUUCCUCGACGAUCUAGACUCAUUCACUCCAACCUCUAAGUCCCAAACCCAAACUCAAACCAACCCAGGAACGAGCAAUCCAGGACUCACCAAUCCCUCAAGUCCAAAUCCCAGUCAAAACCUAAACCUCAACCCAAACCAUCCUACAAGUUCAAGUUCUAAAACAGAAGAUGCACAAAGUGUAUUAGAUUUCUUAGAUGAAAUCACCCAACGUUCUUCUACUCCAACGGCUAGUCUUCAAACCAAGAAACUAACCACCACUCAUCCUCAUCCACUUUCACGAAAACCAUCAAGUUCUUCAUUAACUUCACCCCCACCAAACUCAUCCCAACCCCGUAAAUCAACCGAAUCCAAUCGACCUCUUCCCACUGAAACUGGAUCUGGAUCUGGAGUAGUAAGUAGUGGUGGUGGUUGGGGAUGGGGAUCGGUAUUGAAACAAGCUACUUCAAAUGUCUUGAAUCAAGCUAUCAAUGCGGCUGGGCAAGUUCAAUCGGUGGUAGUAGAUCCUUCUAAAUCUUCGGAUUUGGUUAAACAUUUUAAUGAUAAUCUACAACACCAAUUAAAUGGUCAAACCGAAACAGCAAGGAAAUGGAAAGAAGGGAUGAUGGGAUAUGUGAAAGCAAGUGGGAUUGAUCAAUUAAGUAAAGAUUUACAAGCUACUGGUUUGAAAUCUUUAACAGAGAUUAUGAAUACGGUGGUACCACCUAUUUCAGAACAUGAAAUCAUUGAAGUUCAAUUAUCAUAUGAUAUGAUAGGAUAUGAUGGAAUCGAAACACUUGUUUAUAAAUCAUUAUCAAAGAUUAUGGAACAAGUAGAUGGUGGCGAUUUAGUUUUGAAUAAAGGAGAAGAAGAAAAACCAAAGGAAAGAAAUUCAGAUGAACCCGAAAGAGAUUUACAAGCGGUUUAUGGGAUGACCGAAGGUUAUAAAUUAGCUCUGGCGAAUUUAGAACAAAUGAUUAAAAGAAAAACUCAAACUGAUUUAUUAAAGUCAAAACCCGAAGAAUCCGAACCUAUUAGCUCAGAUUUACCGAUCACCAAAUCAUCCGUUUAUAUACGAAUCCAACCUAUCCUUUCACGUUUACCAGGUUUAAGUCCUUCUUCAUCAAGUAUGACUACCAAUCCAUCUAAUCAAAUUCAAGAUGGUGCAAAAGGUAUCGGUGUGAUGGAAGAAGAUCAUUUGUUCUUUUUGAUCUUGCUAAGAGACUUAAAUCAUUCCAUGGAUCAUGCUACUUUGUGUCAAUCUAUGCCGGCGGUUUGGCUUCAGAUCCCAUUUGAAGAAAAUGAAUGGGUUGAAGAAGUUAUGGUUGAAGUUCUUCGUAGAGGUAUAGAAGUGAUUGGACAACAAUAUGUGAAUGGUAGAUUAAGUGGUAGAUCAGUCAAGAAUUCAAAUCCACCGAUUGAAGAGAAAGAGAAAGAGAAAAAUGAAUCAUUAGAGAAUGAAAAGAAUGAUCAAAUUGGAUUACAAGCCUCUACGAGUUCAUGAAUGAAAAAUGAAGAUUUUUGUGAAGGUCUGGUACAUACAUAUAUUGGUAGGCUGGUUGUUUUUUGGUUGUUUUUUGGUUCUCUCUGUGUGUGUGUGGGUGUUUUCCUCGUAGGUGAUGAGGUACAUAUUGAGAAAUGAAGUAGUAGUUUAAGAUAUAUUUAAGUAAGAAUCAAAACUUAGGGAUAAAUGGAUCAGGUUGUAUUAUUAGUGUUUUUUUCUCUUCAUCAUUUUAAUGUAUGUACUUAAUCAUUUUACUUUUUACUUUUUAUUGAGCUUCUUACGUAGAUAUUAAGACUACUUUGUUAUUUUGUUCUUUUUUGUGAGUAAACAGAUUUGGAGAUUAUAUUCUUAGUGGUUUGAAGUUCACUGUUUUGUUUUGGAGUGAUUGUUAAUUGAUCUGAUAAGCUUAUGA